AUGGGAGCCCUGCAGCUGAAAUUCCAAGGCAAGGACAGUACUGGCCAAGGCCUUCCGAAGGUGGGAGGCGGGACGGUGGAGCCGCUACCCUCGCCCGGCCCCAAGGUCUGCCACCUGCAUGGGCGCGGAGCGGCAGGCAAGCAGCCGCCACCGCCGCCGCCGCCGCCGCCGGGAUUCCGGAGACGUCAAUGGGCGCGCGCGUCACUCCUCCCCCGCCUGCCUACGGUGGGAGGCGCACCGGCUGCCGGAACAGCCGCUCGCGCCGAGCUCGAGCUGGGGAGCGGGGGGAGGGGCGGAUGCGAGGCCCGGGAACAGCCGGGCCGGGGGCUCCUUUGGCUCGCUGGCUGGCGGAUGGAGGAGAAGGUGGGGGCCGAAGGCGACUGUGGGGCGCAAGGCUGGGGGCGAUCCCUGCUGGAGGAGAAUGAACAGGAGGAAGGAGCGGACCUCCCAUCCUCACUCCGCCCCCCGCCUUCUCCCCCCUUUGCCCGGGGUGGGGGGGCCGGUGUCUGCAGAAUGAAAUGCAUACCUCCAGGGCAGGGCUUAGCAACCCGCAGAGCCCAGGCUCGGGGAGCCCCAGCAGGCCAGGCUGCCAUGGUGGCCCCAGGCCAGGGCCCCCACCCCAAGUCUCCUGGCCUCUCUGUCCCUCUUUGCCAGGCCUGGAAUGCUUCAAGAAUGUCCUGAAUAUAACCUAAUCUGCAGAGCUGUGGGAAACAACUGGCAUGAAGAAUUCAGAUACAGAACAGAGUCAGAAUUUGGAGGACAACAUACCCAGUGGCCACAAUGAAGUUAAGGACAGCAACUCUGAAAGACUUCAGUACUUUGCCCAAUUGCAGUGAUCAAUUGUGACUUCAGAGGACUGAUGGGAAAGUGUGAUUCCUGUCUCUUGGCAGAGAGGCAACAAUGUAGAGGUGGGGAACAAGAUACCCAUUUGCAGACAUGGCCAGUGCCUAGAUUUUUUUUUGCUCAUGUAUAUAGAUUUGUGACCAGGGAGAUUUCUGUGAGGUCAAAGAGUCAGUGUGAAAUGACCAAUAAUCUGAAAAAGAGAAAUACAAAUUAAAAAAUUGAAAGGAGAAAAAAAAAAAGGAUAUGGGUCUAGAGGGGUUUCAAGGCCUGGGAGUGAGCUGAGGACACACCUGUCUCUGUUCCUAGCCUGAGAUCCCCACUCCUGCUGUCUCUGUUUCCUACUGUCAGCCAGCCAGACCAGUCAGCCAGAGUUAAUAGGACCUCUCUUCGGUAUGGGAUUUUUUUGAACUUGUUCAUGCCUUUGAUUCUUAU